GAGGAAGUCAUUCUUUGAAGGGAAGUGACAGGUUCUGGCUUGUUACAAUUGGAUUUGUCCCCGAACGGCUUUGUCUUCUGUGCCACUGGCAUUGCAAUAUGGAGUUUCGUUUGCAACGCACACUGAUGUUCAUAUCUGUUCUUUUGGUUAUGCACAUGUGCUAUAUGGAUGAUUCAUUGGGUUUGAGGAAACAGAAAGGCUGGAACAAACUCAUUUUAGUUCAUCAGUGGCCUGUUACAGUAUGUAUGAUGGCUGAAAAGCACUGUGAACACCUUCCUAACUACUGGACUCUACAUGGACUGUGGCCUGAUAAGAAUGAUAUGUGCAAUGUCUCCUGGCCCUUGGACUUAUCCAACAUACAGGACCUUUUGGCAGAGAUGAACACAUGGUGGCCUAAUGUUCUACAUCCAAACUGUUCAGAUUUUUGGAAACAUGAAUGGAUAAAGCAUGGUACCUGUGCAGCAUCUUUAUCAUCUCUGGACUCCCAGCACAAAUACUUUAGCAAGGGCCUUGAGCUGUAUGCGACAGUGGCUCUUAACAGUGUUCUGGAAAAGUAUGGAAUCAAACCUUCUAAAAAAUACCAGGUAAAAGAGAUCAAAGAUGCAAUUUUGAAUACAUAUGGCAUUGUACCAAAAAUUCAGUGUCUUCCUCCACACCCGAGUGAAGACUUCCAAACUCUUGGACAAAUUGAACUAUGUUUCACAAAGGAUUUUAAGAUGGAAAACUGUACAGCAACUGAAGAGAUUCAAGGCACCCCACAAAUGAAAUUAGAAUCAUAUUAUAUAGCAUUACAUGUCUGUGAUGACCUCUUGAGUGUUUUUUAUCCACCUGUAGACUUAUCAUAGAAUGCUAGACAGCAAUAUUUAAAUAUUUUCUUGCUUUAGCUUCUUUUGACUACGAAAUCUGUUCUAAAUGCUACUUGCUAUAGAAAUUGCUAAUAUUACUUUGCAUUAUUUUGAUCUAGUUUAUUGAUCAAUUAAUUAAAAUAAACUUACUUUUGAAU